CCCAGCAUGCACUGGGGCACCAGCCGGCCUGAGCGCCGGGCUGUGCGCGCCCUGGCGCGCAGUGCACGCUGGGAACUGUAGUUUUCUUAGCGGAGAGCCGGCCUGCUCCCUGAGCAGCGCGCACGCCCGAGCAGGCGGUGCCAGGCCCGGUGCCGCCGUGCGGGAGCCGCCAUGCAGGAGAGGAAGGACGCGUUCCGGGAGGUGCUGCCCAAACAAGGGCAGCUGUCGGUGGAGGACACGGCCUCCAUGGUGCUGUGCAAGCCCAAGGUGCUGCCGCUCAAGUCGGUGACGCUGGAGAAGCUGGAGAAGCUGCAGCGGGCGGCGCUGGAGGCGGCGCGGCCGCCCGAGGGGACACCGCCGCCCCGGCCCUAGCCUCGGGGAGGGACUGGCCUUGUGACGGAGACAGACCGAGAACCGGGGUCCUGCUGGGCGGGGGAGCGGGCCGGCGGGAGGCUCCUUUUCUGGCGUUUUCCAGUAAAAGUUCCACUUGCCGAUUUCAA